AAACAAAGGUCAAAAUAGUCGCGAAUCUCGAAGCCCUGUCUCUCUCAUGGCGGCCACCAACACUCCCACUGAUUCCACUGAAGCGCAAAUCUUCAAGAACUCCACCAAAAGCCCAUUUAUCUCUUUCAUUUAACGUACGCUCCGAUUAUUCAAAUCUCCUUCUGGGUUCUCUCUUGUUUUUGUCGCAUUUCGUCUGUUCGUAACUGGGUUUCUAUUUUUUCUUGGUCACUCAUCUGAAAAUGGGGAGCAAGUGGAGGAAGAUGAAACUGGCUUUGGGUCUGAAUCUUUGUACGUAUCUUCCAAGAACCUUAGAGGAACCACCAGCUGUUUGUUUGAAUUCCGCUGAGAGGUUUUCGGAUGUUACUCUGCUCUCUCCGGCGAACUGGCCAAUGACUCCGACAUCGUCAUCUUACGGUCUGAGAUUGUCCAGGAGUCGCAGCAAGUCUUCCAAGCGGACAUGCUCGAUAUGCUUAGCUAAGAUGAAAGAAGGGGGAGGACAUGCGAUUUUCACAGCAGAGUGCUCACAUUCAAAUGUGAAACAUGGCAACCAAGACUGCCCAGUCUGCAGAGCAAAGUGGAAAGAAAUACCAAUGCAGCAUCCCACGUUGGAUCUUCCUUGUCUGUAUGAGCGGUCCCGUAAUGAUGCAGCCAUGAAUCUUUUCCGUCGCUUACCUCCCCCUCGUCGAGUUAUGAGUCAAGGACAUUCUCCACAUAUACAAACUUCAGAGCCGGCUACAUUCAACGACGACGAAAGGUUAGAGCAGCAGUCCAUAAUUUCUGGGAAGAGCUCUAGCGAUAACAAAGCUUUGGACACCAAUCAUCCUGUAAGAAAGAUGGACUUGACAACAUAUCCAGAGGUCUCAGCUUUACCACGAGCCAAGUCCUGUGAGAACUUCGAUGUAUUAGUGAAUCUCAAAUCUGCUGCCACUGUCAUCAGGCAUGAUCUAUCUCAAGACAAGCACAUUUCUCACUAUACCCGAGCUCCGGUUGACCUAGUCACAGUGUUAGACAUCAGUGGCAGUAUGGCAGGAACUAAACUUGCACUCCUCAAACGAGCAAUGGGGUUUGUGAUUCAAAACCUUGGAUCCGAUGAUAGGCUUUCGGUCAUUGCUUUCUCUUCAACUGCUCGUCGCCUUUUCCCUCUAACCCAGAUGUCUGACACUGGGAGGCAGCAAAACCUGCAAGCUGUGAAUUCAUUGGUUGCGAAUGGUGGGACCAACAUUGCAGAAGGUCUUAGGAAAGGUGCCAAGGUGAUGGAAGAUAGAAGAUAUAAAAAUCCUGUUUCCAGCAUUAUCCUUUUGUCUGAUGGGGGAGACACUUAUACCAUGAACCAGCCUGAUCCAAAUUACAAGUUGUUACUCCCAUCUUCAACGCAUGGUUGUGACACCAAGCGAUUCCAGAUCCCGGUACACUCUUUGCCAUCUUUCCGUUCUUACCACGGCAGCCCAUCAACAGUAAUCUCUUCUACACCUGAGAAAUCUCCCCUUUUAGCAUAAGCAUUGAUAACCGGGGGAACCUUCUCUUGCAUUGAAAGUGAAACUGUGAUCCAGGAUGCUCUUGCACAGUGCAUCGGUGGACUUUUAAGUGUUGCUGUGCAAGAUAUGCAAUUAGAAAUCGAUGUUGUGUGCCCAGAUGUUCGAAUUGGCUCAAUAAAAUCCGGGAGUUACUCUAGCCUUGUUAGUGAUGAUGGCUCGUGUGGAUUUAUCGAUGUUGGUGAUCUUUGUGCUGAUGAAGAGAGGGAUUUCUUGGUCUCCAUCAACAUUCCUGCCGAGGAAGCUGGAAGCGAGACACUGCUGCUAAAUUUGAGAUGCAUCUAUAAGGAUCCCUUGACAAAGGAAACUGCGACGCUCGAAGGUCAUGUGCUUAAGAUUCAAAGACCGGAAAUGGCCGGUCAAGAAGCUGUGUCCAUUGAAGUGGACAGGCAAAGAAACAGGUUCCUAGCUGCUGAGGCAAUGGUAAAGGCAAGAACUUUAGCAGAGCAAAGUGAUUUAGCAGCAGCUGCUUCUGUUCUUGAGAAAUGCAGGCGGAUUUUGUCAGAGACUGUCUCAGCAAAAUCCCGUGACAGGUUCUGCAUUGCCCUGGACGCAGAGCUGAAGGAAAUGCAAGAAAGAAUGACGAGUAGACACGCGUACGAGGCAUCAGGAAGAGCUUACAUCCUCUCUGGACUUAGCUCACACUCAUGGCAAAGAGCAACAGCAAGAGGAGAUUCGGUAGACGGUUCAAGCCUUAUUCAGUCCUACCAGACUCCUUCCAUGGCCGAGAUGCUCCAACGGUCACACGCCAUGUUUCUUGGCAUUCCCUCGAAUCACAGACCCAUCCAAUUCACUUCACAACCAAAACCAAGGUAAAGAAACAAAAUUUUGGGUGAUAAUCCAAUGAAAUCAACCAGUGUUUUUGUCCCAUCUGUACAAUUUUUUUCUGGCUACAAGUGGAUAAAGGAGGUUUUCAUGGGAGUCAGGUGGUUUAGGGUUUGACAAUAUAUAUUAUGGCGAUUUUCCUUUGGCCUGAAGUUUUGAUUAUGUAAAAGUGUAUGUAUGUAUAUAUGGAGAGGAUGAAUGCCCUUCUGUGUAUGGAGCAAUAAAAGACUUAUCUA